GUAAUAAUGCCUUUUAAACCACUGCGUCGAAAAAUGUCGCGUCUGAAACAUAACGCCCAUGAAGUGACUCGUACCGUACCACUAGUGCUGCAGAUGGAUGACACCAAGGUCCCCCUACCGGUAGCGUAGCGCAAAGUACUUGUACCUUGUACUCGUACUUGUGAGCGGUACGAGUCCACAGCGGAAGGCGAAUAGGCCAAACCAUUCGAACGCGAGACCAAAAUCCUGUACGAGUACGACCAGAUCACCAACCACCAAACAUGGAGGAAGAAGAAGGAGGCAUUGUCAAGCUGGUGAGUGGCGGACAGCAGUGUUAGUGGUGUUUGUUUCCGUGCGCCGGGUUKUGUCCGAGAAUCCAUCGCGGGACGGAAAAUUCUGUGCGUUCCGCAGCGCCUUGUUGCCUUUGCCUUGCCUUUGCCUUGCCUUGCCUUGCGCUGCAUCGAGUUUCGGCUGCCCGAUCCCUCGGAUCCGGUCGCUCUCUGGUUGGUUUUCGCUCACGCUUGCCAUCGUUCCCUUCCGCUGCGAACGAAUCCACCCAUCCAUCCAUCCAUGUAUCCAUCCAACGCAUUGUCUCUUCCGGCCAGGUGAGCAAGGAGGGCGACGUCCACGAGGUUCCGCUGGGCGUGGCCAAGAUGUCCACCCUCAUCGCCACCACCAUCGGCGACGACGAUGACGACGACGACGACGAUGAGGAGGAACUGAUGGACCGCGAGAUCCCCCUCCCGAACGUCAAGAGCGAGGUCCUCGCCAAGGUCAUCGAAUACUGUGUGCACUACACGAUGGAAGAACCCAUGGAGCCGAUCCAGACGCCCCUCAAGUCCUCCAAGAUCGAGGACCUGGUGCAGCCCUGGUACGCGGACUUUGUCAAGGUCGAGCARUCGCUCCUCUUCGAGCUGACGACCGCGGCCAAUUUUAUGGACGUCAAGCCGCUGCUGGAUUUGUCGUGCCUCGCGGUCUCGGUCUCGAUCAAGGGAAAGACCGCCGCCGAGCUGCGGGACAUGUUCAACAUCAACGUCUUUAGCCCCGAGGAGGAAGCCCAGGUGCGUUGCGAGAGAGGYGUUGCGUGCAGUGAUUGGGCGUGCACCGCUUUUGGUUGGUUGSUUGGUUUGUAGGCCCCGUUCUGUGUUGGGUGCUGCUUGUGUUGUAGCGGAGAGCAGGCUUCGACCUGCGGUGUGAUGUCGUCUUGUCUUGUCUCGUUUCGUCUUGUCUCGUCUCGCCAUUCCUUGUGCGAUGCGGUUUUCUGUCUUGCACUUGAUCGGACCGAUACCAACCUAACAUAUGGCUCGUGGCUUUUCAUGCGAUACCGCAGGUUCGAGAAGAGAGCCAAUGGACAAAGAACGAUAGCAGCACGAACGAAUAGACAAAGAACAAGUCCGGCGGUUGCGGUGGUGAUGCAUAGGGCGAGUCCAAUACAUAGAUGUUUGUUAGCUGCUUGUAUUGUGUGCGCGAAGAAAGCGAAACGCGGGGGGUUUUGCCCUCCGCUAGGAACGAAACGAAACGAAACGGACCAGAGCAGAGCAGUCGUGCGGCGCAACUCGAACGUUUUUAUGGGGAGGACGGACGGGGAAGAACGAAAGGCAGGCACGACGGAAGCGAGGCGACCGGGGAAGGAAUUCUAUUGCUAUGGCUACGGCCAUGGCAAUGGCAACGACCAAAGGCGGGACACCAAACGACCAUGGUCGGUUGUAGUAUCUAGUAGACCAAACCACAGAAUGAUUUUCGUAA